GUCAGUCACGCUCACGCAAACACGACAAGCCUCAAGGAAAAGAGGGCGGGCGGCGGAGCACCAAAGCGAAGCAGCAGUUGCGGUUGGGGCGGCGGCGGCGAUGGCGAUGACCUCGAAGCGAGGCCGAAGCGGCGAUGAGACGCGCGGCUCUGGUCACCGCGCGCGCAUCGGCCGCAUCGAGGAAGGAGAGACGGACCAUCCGUCCGCCGUGGAGCUCCGCGCCAGCCUCUACACCAGGGAUCAGGAGAUUGAAGAAAUGCGGAGGCGGCUGCGGGAGUUGGAGAAACUCGAGUUUGAGAUACCACCGGCCCCAUCGCAUGAAGAAGAAUCUGAAACAGCUGUGGCAGCAACAACAGUUGACAAGGCAGAGGUGGAUGUUCGCUCCAUCUAUGUUGGGAAUGUUGACUAUGCUUGCUCGCCGGAGGAAGUUCAGCAGCAUUUUCAGUUUUGUGGAACUAUCAACAGGGUGACAAUCUUGACAGACAGCUUUGGUCAACCCAAAGGGUUUGCUUAUGUGGAGUUUGAUGAAGUUGAGGCUGUCCAGAAUGCUCUCCUUUUGAAUGAAACAGAACUUCAUGGUCGUCCUUUGAAGGUUUGUCCAAAAAGAACCAACAUUCCAGGAAUGAAGCAAUCUAGGGGAAGGCACUCAGUUUAUCCUUUCUAUCCAUCGUAUGGAUGGCACGUACCCGCCUAACCGCUCGCAAGUCCACCGGAGGUCGUGUCCCCAGGCACCAGUUGGCAUCAAGGGAUCCGCCACCCUCCGAUAGCAGUGACAGCAGCACUGAUAACUCCAGCGAUGGAAACGGGAGUGACACUAGCGGAGGUCCUCCUUCGCCAAGGACCUACAGGCUUAUGAAGAAUGAUCUGCGCCUGAUGCUCACUGACAACAUCAACAUGGAAGUUCAGCUGUACCAUAUGGCGGGGUAUGUGGUCAAUCUUGAGGCCUAUGCCAACACCCUCCAUGAGGAAGUGCACCAGCUGCAGGAUGCCCUCAAUCCACCCGAGGCUCCUGAAGCAGCAGAGGAAGGACCAGUUGUCAUCCAAGUGGAUAGUGAUACUUCUGAGGAUGAAGCAGAAGAACCAGGAACUCCCACUCCAGAUGAGGGUGUUACCACCAGUGAGUCGGAGAUGGAUGACGACUAGGUGUUGAGAAGGCAAGAAGUAUGACCGAGUGUGAUCUUCUGACUUUGUAACUUAGUUAGUCAGAAAACCUCUAGUAUGGGAAGUUGUGUAAGAUAGUGGUUUCAGUAGUCCUGCCCAGGAGCGGACUUGUAUGAUAAAUAAGAUGAACGUGUUUGUGUUAUGUAAGUCAUGAUGUAUGAUGGUUAAGUAAGCA